AUGAUGAUAGUCGUCCCUUCGCUGCUAUUCUUUCUCCUGAUUGCCACAACCAAAGCACUAUCUAGCAACAUGCCCCCAGUCAGCAAAGUAGCCGUGGUCGGGAGCACUGGACAACUUGGAAGACGUGCUGUGGAUCAAUUGCUGGAGCGCAAGAUCCCCGUCAAGUGCCUGAUCCGUCAAUCCACGCCUCCGGAUUUUCUGUUGGAGAAACAAACCCAGCAUCCUGACUUAUUGGAAUUUGUCACCAAUGGUGAUGUGACCGACACGGCCAAAGUCAAGGAGUUAUUGCAAGAUUGCUCACACUGUUUGGCCCUCCACGGGGCGACGCGGCGAUCCAAGUGGUACGAAACCCUCACGGCGGCCGAGGGGUCGGAAGAUUCCGACAAGAGUCAUGCCAAGCAAGUCAACUACAACAGCAUGAAGACGUUUGUCCAGUGUGCUCAAGAAACGGACUGCAGUCAGAUUGUGCGCAUCACGGGAAAGGGAGAAGAUCCCUCGAGUUUCUUUUCCAUCCUCAUUAAUGGACUGGGUAGUAUGGCCAAAGGAUGGAAUUAUGAAGGGGAGCAAGUGUUGCGAGAUCAGCCAAAGGAAAACAGCAAGCAUUUGGAUUACACAAUUAUCAGACCAGGAAUCAUGAAGCCAGACUUUGAUCCAAACGAAAGCCCUGUGCAUUUGAAGCUGGCGGACAAUGGAGGUGAUUUAAAGGUCAGUGCCGUCUCGUAUGAUCAGAUUGCAGAACUGUGCAUCGAAUCCAUACUUCAACCAGAAGCCAAAGAUACAACUCUGACGGCCAUGAAUGUCGAAGGGACCGGUCCCUCGAUUGUGGAACAGCUCAAGCAAGUCGAUAAGGACACCCGAAAUUUUCCAACCACUCUGAUUGGAGAACAUAAACAGGCGGUCAAAAAGGUGUUCCGAUCUUUGGCGGCCGCAUUCUUGGCCGUCUUUGUGGGCAUUGUUUCCCGCUUCUUCUAG